CGGGGUGGGAACGGCUUCCGGUUCAGGUGGCGAGCCGUAGCUGAGAAUUUCUGUCUUGACAGCGGAGGUGAGAGUGAGAAGCCGAGAGAGCGGAGGGUGCAGGAGGCGAGAGCUGAGUUACAAGGAAGUUACAGGUAUGGCAACAGCCGAUCUGUUGGUGGAUUUACAGGAUGACCUGGUGUCCGAUGAUGCUUCCAAUGCACUUGGACAGCUCAAACUUUCUCCAAUGGAUGAUAAGUCCUGGCCAUUAGAAAAUGAUGAUGAUGAAGAUUUAAAAUCAGAUAAAGUGUGCACACCCGAGGAUGUAGAACCUCCUCCAGAUUUGAAGUGGGAUGAUCCAUUUUAUGACAUUGCAAGACGCCAAAUUGUGGAGGUAGCAGGAGAUGAUAACUAUGGUAGGAAGGUGAUUGUGUUCAGUGCUUGUCGGCUGCCUCCCAUUCACCAGUUGGAUCACACAAAACUGCUUCAAUACCUGAAGCACACGCUUGAUAAGUAUGUUGAGAGUGACUACUCGGUUGUGUACUUUCAUUACGGACUCACCAGUCAAAACAAACCUUCAUUCACCUGGUUGCUGGAAGCCUACAGGGAGUUUGACAGGAAGUACAAGAAGAACAUAAAAGCUCUCUACAUUGUCCACCCCACCAGGUUCAUCAAGGCACUCCUUGUCGUCUUCAAGCCCAUAAUCAGCAUGAAGUUUGGCAGGAAAAUCUUGUACAUGAAUCACUUGGGCGAACUUGAACAGUUCUUGAAAUGUGAUCGAAUGGUAAUCCCAGCAUGUGUGAAGAAGUUUGAUGAGACGAUCCGUGCAGCACAGAAACCUGCCCCGUCAGUACCGAAAAAGCAGCUGCCUCACCAACAGUUUGGUGUUGACCUUUCAAGGCUCAGAGCAAAUGAUCCUGAAAAGAGGGUUAUUCCAUUGGUAGUGGAGGAGACGGGCAAUUAUAUCAAACAGCACGGUCUAAACAAAGAGGGAAUAUUCCGCAGAUCGGCUAACAUAUCCCUGGUGAGAGAAGUACUGGAUAAAUACAACAAUGGUAUUCCUGUGGAUUUUACAACCUAUGGUGAUGUGCACUUGGCGGCCGUUAUACUGAAGACCUUUCUUCGUGAAUUACCUGAACCUCUACUGACUUAUGACUUGUAUGACCAAGUGGUUUCAUUUGGGAAAGUGCCAGUAACGAAUCAAGCAGAAACUAUGAAAAUGAUGAUUCAGACUCUGCCUGAGGUUAACUGUGUGGUGCUGCAAUAUUUGCUGGGCCUCCUGCGAUUGGUCGCUGACCACAGUGAACAGAAUAAAAUGACACCAUCCAAUCUGGCGCUGGUUUUUGGGCCAACACUCAUGUGGGCAAAGGAUGCUGCAAUCUCGCUCAGUGCUAUCAACCCUAUUAACUACUUUGCUCAGUUACUUUUGGAAAAUUACAGUGAGAUAUUUUCAGCCUGUUCUGACGAAGCUGCAGUGUCCUAAACCAUAGAAUAAAAUCAGGUUUUCUUCUCUUUUUAAAUGUUUAUGACAAUGUACCUGUGUGCUGCACCGCACAGCAGAAAAAUUAAAGGUGCACCCUUUCAGCCAGGGUUGGGGAUUGUGUGUCUUUAAUACUGCGUGUAGUGGAAUGUGUGUGCAGUAUAGAUCUCCAUAAACCUUGAGCUGGAUUCCCCAGCUGUAUUCAUUCAUUUACGUAGCUGAGAGUCAGUGUGUUGGGAAUGCAGCUGGAGUGAUACUUUUUUUCCAUCAUACCUCUGCCUGAGUUGUUAAACAUUUUUAUGUUUUUCUUUCCCACCUCCUCUGUACUUUCUAAGCUUUAUAACAAAUUUUACAAUAUAUUGAGAAGUUUUUAAGUAAUUGCUAUUGUCUUAAUAUUUCAGUACAGACUACAUUGAGACAAAUUGACCUGUGGGUAACGUUCACCAGUCUUUUGAAUUUUUAUAUGUUGUGCAAUGUUACUUUGUUACUUCAACACUCUUGAUUUCUUUGUGUGAGCAAAAUAAUGUUUUCUGUAACUAUUUUGUGGUGGUGCGUGCCAUUUUGCUAUAUGAAGUGUAGGGGGUUGAAACAGUUUUGUAGCCUUUGCACACAUUUUGCCAGUCCACUCAAGGAGAGGACAGUCUUUUCCUGUAAUAUAUUGCAGGUGUAACUUUGAGGUGCAUGGUGACCUGGCCGGAUAUGGGUCAGAAGAAAAUGUCAUUGUCAAAAGAGUUUAUUGAUCAGUGCUGGGAUGUUGAAUAUUACUAUGGAUUUUUUUAAUGAUUGUUUUAACUUCAGUGAUUUGCUCAAUCCAAAGAGAGAACAUGUUCGUUAUCAUUCCGUCACAAUGGGAACUGACUUGGCCAGAGCAGAUGAGAGGAACAAAAGAGAGUUCAUGGUGUCAAAGUGAUUUCAUUCUCUUGGGACAUGUCUGAGUAUCGUGCUUUUGUCUGUGGUGUUAACUCUGCUCCAUCAACUGUCAGAUCUUUUGUUUUUAAACAAGUGGCUUGAAAUUUUCCCAAACUGGGACCCCAUUAUUUCCAUUUAAUUGGCAUCCUGCAAUAAAAUUAUAUAAUUUGCCCUAAUAUAAAGUUUAGAAUCUGUAUGUGUUUUUCUAUCAUCUGAUGCUAAGUGGCUAUGUACAUUCAGUGGCCAUUUUCUUAGGCACAGGAGUGGAACCCGUUGUGGUCUUCUGCUGCUGUAGCCCCUCCACAUUAAGGUUUGACAAGUUGCGUCUUCAGAGAUUCUCUCCUGCACACCACUCUUGUAACACAUUGUUAUUUGAGUUGCUCUUACUUUCCUUUCAGCUUGAACCAGUCUGGCUAUUCUCUUCUGACGUCUCAUUAACAAGUCGUUUUGGCCGACAGAACUGCUGUUCAUAGAAACAUAGAAAAUCUACAGCACAAUACAGGCCCUUUGGCCCCCAAAACCGUGCCGAAAAUGUCCUUACCUUAGAAAUUACCUAGGGUUACCCGUAGCCCUCUGUUUUUCCGAGCUCCAUGUACUUGUCCAGGAGUCUCUUAAAAGACCCUAUUGUAUCCUCAUCCUUCACUGGGUGUUAUUUUGUUUUUCACACCAUUCUCUGUAAACUCUAGAGACUGUUGCGCAUGAAAAUCUCUGGAGAGCAGUAGUUUCUGAGAUACUCAAAUCACCCCAUCUGGCACAAUUGCAUGGUCAAUGUCAUUUUGAUCACAUUUCUUCUUCCUGUUGUGUGCUUUGAACAACAGCUGAACCUCUUCACCAUGUCUGCUUGCUUUUAUGCAUUGAAUUUCUGCCACAUGAUUGAUUAGAUAUUUGCAUUAACAAAGUGGCCACUGUGUGUAUGUCCUCAUGAUUUGUAGGAUGUAACAUGUACUUCCUCAAGGACACAGUACUAUAGAAGUGAGAAGACCUAGGAAUACAUGUUCUCACGUUAAUGAUUUUGGUGUUUUUGUUGAAAAAAAACAUGAACCAUAAUUGUCUUUAAUGGUUCAUUGAUAGUGAGUUUAUCUUCUUUAAAUAUUGUGUACUUUGUUGCCAUUUAUUUCUGGUCCAGUUAGUAAAUUGUGUUCCUUAAUUCAAAUUCUUCCAAGGUAUUCAACUCAGCAUUUCUCAAAUAUAAUGUGUACUGGCUGCUGUUGAAGCUACAAUUCAUCAACAAUUGGUCUCUUUAUGCAAUGUAGUGUAUCAGUUUUUGUAGAGGAAGUCACAUCUUUUUGUGAAUAUCUUUGUAAACCAUAAAGAAGAGAAUAGUGUCAUAGUCCAGUGCAUUGUGAUCCUCAAGCAGAUGAUAAAUAGACUGGACAGAUUUCAGAUUCUUGCACUUCGAAAAGAAUUAUUAAAGCUAAUAGUCUUGUUUAUUGCCUUAAUAUACUCAAUGUCAUGUCACUAUAAUUUUUUGAGUGGGCUUGGCAGAAGGAAUUUUAUCCUUUGUGGACGUUGUAUUAAUGUAUCAGUAACAGUGCGAUCUAGUGGCCUCUGUCCAGUUCCCUGUGACUUUUCCUGUGAUGUCUCUUCUUUGAUCAAUACCUAGAUACCUGGCAUGUGAACUUUUGGACAAUGAAUUGUGGCUGACUUUUGUAAUGAGUUGAUAUCACAGUCCGAGAUAUCAACUCAUUUUUACCAGCAAAGGCUGAUGAAUGGUACUUAAAAGUGGGAAGCUCAUAGCUUUCCCUCAGACAGUUAUAAAGAGUAGAUAAAAUACUUGUAAGGCAAUCUAGGAGAUUUAAAAAAUAUUUUAUGUAGUUGCUAUUUCCUCACUAAUCCACUCUGAUAGUUUUUAAAUGAACCACUUUGUGUAAUCAAACCUUCUUUAGGAAACAUUCUUCUGAGUGUAUACAUCCUGAGGCCUCCAAUGAUGGGGUUUUAAGUUCCACAUUUUCAGAUAUUACCAUUUUUUACACAUUCUAUAAUCAGUUAGUUCACAAGGGAACUGGUAAAAGGAAAUCGAAUAUUUAUCAGCCGCACUGCAUUAGCUGAUAAAUUGGAAAUGGAGCAAGAAGUAAAUUUACGAGGAAAACUAGAGAAAACAGAAACCAACUGCAUCAUGAUUGACAGGGGAAUUAUCAAAUCAUCUUCAUUCUUGACUGCGUGCAGUCAAGGUAAAAGAAAUUGCUCUCGAAUAUUUUAGAAGUGAUUUUUAUUUUUACUUUGUAUGAUUAUUUGGUUUGUGGAAUAAGGUACCACUGUUGCAGAAGCUGGCAUUAUUCUCAGAGCAGGGAGUUAGUAGUGGUCUCGUUUUUUCGAUCAAGUGCUUGAUUGUUGCCACUGGUUAUUUAAUUACCCUCAAAAAGUUAUAUCUCUUUGACCUGACUCGUCAUAUCAAUUGCCAAUCAAUAGAGACUUCUUGCCUGAACCUUUGCCGUGUAUAAGACAAUCUUCUUUCAAACCAAUCCUAACAAUCAAUAUUCCAAUAAUGCAAAGGGAGGGAUACACAGGAAAUAGUUGGAAAAUGCCACUUGUGUUUUUUUUUAUAUGUCCUUGCACCUUUCUGGGACGAGAAAGCAUACAAGAAACACAAUAGUCAAUAAAGGUCUGCACCCAACAGGAUGAUAAACAACCAUUGUGCAAAAGACAUCAAACUGCAAAUAUUUUAAAAAAGGAGAAUAAUAAUAAAUAAGCAAUAAAUAUUGGCAAGUCCUUGAAAGUGAGUCCAUAUAUUGUAGGAAAAGUUCAGUGAUGGGGUGAAUGAAACUGAGUUGAAGUUAUCCCUGAUGGUUCGGGGUAACCUGCUGGUGUGGGUCCUCUGGCUGCUGUACCUCCUUCCUAAUAGCAGUAGUGAGAAGAGAGUGUGUCUUGGAUGGAUGCCGUUUUCCUGGGACAAUGCUCCAUGCAGAUAUGCUCAAUUUUUAAUUUUAUUACUACUUUCAAACACCACGUUACUGCAAUUGUCUUUUUUCUUCCCUUUUAAGAUGUAAUUGCAUCUUCUGACAAUUUAUGAUAAAUUUUGUUGUGUAUUUCAUUGAGGGAUGGAUGAAUAAGAUCUUGCUGCAGGAAUGGAUCAUUAACUAUUCCCACAUUCUGUGAAAAAAGGCAUUUUGAUGAUGAAUCCUGCUUCCAUACAUAAUGUUUUGUACUGCUUUUACAUGAGUGAGUAAUAUUUUAUUCCUGUGCACCUCCUCUUCUGCCACCAAUGCUAGAAUCUAGUCAUUGCCUACAGUUUGUGGGUGGAUGUUAAUAUGACAUUUUAGAAAUUAAUGAAAAAGUUAAAAGUCAAGUUCAUUUUGUACAUAACCAAAUCUGAUAAAAUGUCCAGUUUUAUCAAUGUGGUUUAAAUAAUGUUAACACACUUCUUAGAGCUAUUCAAAUUUGUAGCCUGUUUUAUUUUUAGUGAUUUCUGGGUAUUACACCCUUUGUCACUUUAUGUGGCAGGAUCUGAUCAAAUAAGAAUGCACUAGUUGUGACCAAGCAUGGGUAUAAUUGUCUCAAAGACUAUAUUUGGGAUUUAAUGCACAGAAAUGACCAUCACAAGCAAACUAGAUAAAGCAUGCCUGUUUCGAGCUGCUAAAACUAUGUACUUACGAUAGCUUUUUGAGACAUUGAAGCAGUUUUCAUAAUCCUUGGUUGCCGAACAUUCUGAUUUAACUUUUUUAUUGGUUUUAUCAUAGCCCUUGGUGAGGAUCUGUUGGGUUGAUUGCCAAAGUGCCAACUCUGAACAGUGGCUGUUGCAUUUUUCCAUUGAUCUUACAAUAUGAUAACUGUGCGAGGUAUAGUGGCUUUUUGUCAUCUAAUCUUAGACUUUGGAACCGAGCUUUUUCUCUGUACCUAGGAGAAAGCGGAUACAGUGGCAAGUACUCGGGUAUGGUAUUUUAGUGCAGUCUGGUCCUGCCGCUGUAAUUUCUGAUUUAGAAUAACUGUCUUUUUCUGUUUCUUUUUUUGAUUGUUCAAUUCCCAGUAACAUUGAUCAAAAUAGAAGAUCAUUGAUGGUGUGGAACUCCAGGUUUUCCUGUUUUGGUUUGUUUGUGUAGAUGAUCGACGUUUUACAAAUACUAACCAAAAUUGCCAAUUGUGCCAAUGGUAUUCCUAAAAUAUCAUCUGGUAUCCUGUGGAAUGAUAUUUUGCCUUGCUCCUGUCCAUUUUCUACUUGAGCAGAUUUAAUCUGUUCCAUAAACACGUUCCUGUUUUUAGAUGUGUCAGAGGUAUGGUUGUUACCUUAUUGUGAGGGGUAAGUUUGCACUGUAAAAAUUGGCUGCUGUGUUUUCUGUGUUGGAGGUAGCUACCUGAUGUUUUGGGAAAACACUAAGUAAAUGCAGCUAUUUUUAAGUAGGAUCUCAAGUGACCUUAGUAUAACUGGUGUUAUGCAUUUGGAACUGGAACCCGAGGGAGAAAUAUGGAUAAUUGGUAGGUUUUGAGCAAGAAAGCCAUUCCUCAAAUUUUUUCACAGCAUGGUGGUUACUCCUUUGGUUCCUAUUGGGCCUAUUUGAGAAACAUGAUCCUUUUAUAAAUUGAAAGUAGUUACCUGUGGCCAUUUGAAGAAACCUUUUCCAAGCAUAAACACCUAAUCCAUCUUCCUGCUGGCUGGUAGUUUCUAUAUAUCUUUUUUUAAAAUUGCAUUUGUGUGUUAAUGUUCUUAAUGAAUUAUUUCUGGUGGUGGGGGGGGGGAGGUCCUAUAUCUUGACAAAUAUAAAGUCAAAGCACAAGUGUUUAUAAGUCUAAUUUUUUCACAAAGGUAGUCAAGUGGCCCUCUAGUACCACUACUUUAAGCACUGUACAUCUUGCCUGAAUAAAUUGCCAUACUAGUGGUAUUAUGUUUCCAUUAUUGUAGAGUAAAUAAGUUAGUAUUAAUCAAUGUGACUAAGUUAAUGGCUUAAAACAGAAAAAUGAGCACUGUUGAUGUUUCCUUUUUCCAUUCAUAUGGUACAUUGUGCCAUUAGUACCCAGAGAAAAUAACAUUCAUUAUCCCUAUCCCACUCUGUGGAUAAAAGCAAAGCAACAACCGUGUUUACUAGCAUAAUAUAAAGAUCCUGUUAGUAAAAUUGUUAUAGUUAAGUUUAGUACAUGGUUAAUCCUUUAUUGAUUACUGACAUUUAACUUCACUGCUUUGUGUUUGUGUAAUCUGGAUGAUAUCUGUACAGCAGUCUUUUUUAGGAUAGGUGGGAAGAGACACUGAUGAGAGACCUCAAUCAUAUGUAGUUUGUUUAUAAUGUAAUGGUCAAGCUGACUUUCAAAUAAAAUGCAAAUUAUCAUGU